GGUCGGACUUCUCUGUCAUUUUCAACCAGCGGCUGCAGACUCCAGCAGGACAUGGCUUCUUCGGGGUUGGCCCUCCUCAGCCCGUACGAGACGCUCGUGCUCCUUGGCUUGGCGGUCUUCGCCCUGCUCUUGUAUCUGAGGAGCUCCAGAAGACCCUCUCGGAACCUGCCUCCUGGCCCUCCUCCGCUCCCACUCAUUGGUAAUCUCCACCUGAUAAAUAUUAAGCGGCAAGAUAAAUCAUUUAUGAAGCUUUCUGAAAAAUACGGCCCAGUCUUCACAGUCCAUUUGGGUUUCCAGAAGGCCGUGGUGCUGACGGGCUACAAGGCAGUCAAAGAAGCGCUUCUGAGCAACGCCGACGAGUUUGUGGACAGGCCUCCUGUCCCGAUAUUUUAUCGGAUCCAGCAUGGAAACGGUGUGUUCUUCUCUUCUGGGGAACUGUGGAGAACAACACGUCGAUUCACCAUGUCAAGCCUGCGGGACCUCGGGAUGGGGAAGAAACCGCUAGAGGGACGGAUCCUGGAGGAGCUCCGUUACCUCCUUGAGCUGGUCAAGUCCUUUAAAGGCGAACCUUUUAAGUUAAGGUCCUUUAACACGGCUCCCACAAACAUCACCUUCACCAUGCUGUUCGGGGACAGGUUUGAUUACGCCGACCCGACUUUCGUCACUCUGCUCAGGCUAAUUGAUGAAGUAAUGAUCCUGCUGGGCUCCCCGUACUUACACCUGUUCAACUUCUACCCAUUCCUGGGAUUCUUCCUCAAGCCCCACAAGCUGAUCUUGGAGAAAGUCGAAGAGGUGUGCGUCAUUCUAAGGAAGCACAUCGAGGCUAGCAAAGAAACGAUCAACGCAAACAACUUACGGAGCUACACCGACGCUUUGCUCUUUAGGCAGCAAGAAGAGAUGAACAAAGCCACGAGUGUGUUCGACGAUGCAAACAUCCUGGCAUCGGUGCUCGACCUCGUCAUGGCUGGGACUGAGACGACAGCCACCACGCUGCAGUGGGCCGUGUUGCUGCUGAUGAAGCAUCCCGAGAUUCAACGCAAAGUCCAAGAGGAAAUCAAGACAGUGCUGGGAUCGGGGCGCCUGCCGACCUUCGACGACAAGAAGCGUCUGCCCUAUUCCAACGCUGUGAUCCACGAGGUGCUCCGGUUUAUCACUCUCCUUCCGCAUAUUCCACGUCGCACCGCCGUGGACACGCACUUCGGUGGCUAUUUUAUCCCCAAGGGGACGAUGGUGAUCCCUUUGCUCACCUCGGUGCUCUUAGACAAAACUCAGUGGGAGACUCCCGACCAGUUUAACCCCAACCAUUUUUUGGACGCGGAUGGCAACUUUGUGAAGAGAGAAGCUUUUCUUCCGUUUUCGACAGGCCGGCGGAACUGCCUGGGCGAGAGUCUGGCCAAGAUGGAGCUCUUCCUCUUCUUCGUGGGCUUGUUCCAGAGGUUUUCCUUCCGGCCCCCUCCAGGAUUCACGGAGUCUGACUUGGACACGGUCGCCGUGCCGGGAUUCACCAUGCGGCCCCGGGCACAGACGACUUGCGCUGUGCCUUACGAAUAAGACCCGCCAAUCAAAGGGUCAGCGUUUGCACAAAUCAGUGUUUUGCUGAGGCAAGAGAGAGGGACUGUUCGUAUGGACAGGGGGAUUCUGGGAUGGGCGUCCCACCACAAAAAAAACCACACCCCUUUGCGUCACUCCUUCAGGUUGUUUAGAGGCCGCGAUGUUGUUCCUUUAUGGCACUGUAAAUCGGUACGGCUGCCACCCAGGAGGUUCCCAACCCAUCGGCCCACACUGGGCCAGCGGGGGGCACCUCCCCUGACGUCGCCAGCACAACGACAUCACCUACAAGUGACAUCAUUGCGCCGGCGACGUCGCGUGUUGGCCACUCUAGGUGUUCCUGGGGAAACUCUACGGUUUUCCCGGACACUCUAGCAAUUUGGAAGGGAAAACUCUGGAGUACAAUAGGUACCACAGGGGACUCGGCGACCCUAAAAUGGGGUCCCCAGCGUAGGCACCUUUCCUGGCACUCGCCAAACGUUUUUAGAAUGCGGCCAGGGCCAGAUGGGCGUUUUCUCCCGCAAGGCUUCCAACUGGCAGGGCUGAUUUUUUUAAAAUGUUCUUUUGGCAGCAGCUGCCGCCACAGUUUUGCUUUGCCUUCAGUUUGCAAGAGUUUCAUAUUCUGAGCUUUUGUCUAAUAGAUUCAAGUUUUUAUUGACA